GGAAAGGUUGAAAUCACAGAAGAAGGCAUUAAAUUACUUGGAAAAUUGACGAAAUCAUUGAAUUCUGCCAACACAACAAAUGGUGGAUGCCCCAUAGCUGAAAGUCCAAUGAAAGAAAACAUUUCAACGCCACAUGAUGGUAAAAGCAAUACAUGUAAGAAAAGGAAACGUGUAGCUACUCCUUCUCCUGAGAGAGUUAAACAACCCAGUCGAACUUCAUUAAAGGGAACGAAGCACAAUUGUGAAGGAGAUGAACAUUCUUCUCAAUCUGGUAUUACCGUUGGUACUUCUUCAUCAGUGCAUAUUCCUCCCUUUCAUACUGAACAGCCGAUAACAUCUGUAAAACAACCCACCAGUGUCAGGUUUCUCGAUGCUUUUGAAUAUGGGGAGGAAUGGCUUCCUGGCUUGUUGAAACCAACGAACUUGAAGAACUUCAUCAGAUGUAAAAUAAAAUGCAAUUUAUCUGAAAAUAAAAAAUCUCCUCACACGUAAAACGUCCCGUCAACUUGGCUGCUGUGAACUUUAAAACGACCACCGUCCAACAGAAUCUCUGGCUUCUCCACGUCCGAUAACCAUUCACGGGCACGAAAUGCGGCCAAGUGAGAAUAAUAAGUUGGCGAUGGAUACGAGACACUACGCGAACACCUCAUGUACGCAUAGCAUAGGUGGUAGGUGAACAACUGGAGAGCGUCCGAUGUCCAGUUACUGUCAUCAUACAAAACGUGAUAAUGAGCAGGUUUUGAAGUACCCUGAAUCCCUUCUUGUGAGCACAGGUAGAAAUCGAAUUCCCUGGGAUGUGUGAUGUCUGUAUCAACCACCGUUCCUGGCUCCACGUUUCUCGCCCUAGGCUUGCUCGGUCGAAAUCGAAUGUGGUGACGCUUCUGCACAACAAUAUAAG